GGGCGAGGGAGGGAGGCGGGGACAUCAAGGCCUAAGGGGUUGGGUUUGAAACUAGUUAUGCUUAAGCUGAAAAAACGGUAUAUCCCGAAUUAGUGAAAACGGGAUAUCCCGAUCAAAUACGGGAAAUACGAAAAUGAUCGGAAUAUAGGUCAAACCGUUUCCGUCCCGUUUUCGAAUUUGACAUUCCGUAUUUCGUAUUGAUUCCGAAUUUGUCCGAAAAUAUGAAAACGGAUCGGUAAAAUGUAGAAAUCGGAACGGAACGGAACGGGAUUUAUCCCCACCGUUUUCAACCCUACCCACGGCAUAGCCCUAUAAAUCCAGAGAACCACCCACGGCCUAGCCUAUAAAUCCAGAGACACCCGCGCCGCCUUCCUCCUCCUCGUUCCCACCUCGUGGCCUCGAGCCCAACCGAAUCCAAACCCUAGCGGCCUAGCCAGCCCGCACCCGAGCCCAACCAACGCCGCCGCACGCCCAACCGACCAACCCCCCCUCCCCUCUCGCCAGAUAAAACCCGGCCCCGUUCAAAUCGCUUGCCUCCAAGCUCCGCUCCGCCCCGCCCGACCCACGGCCGGCGUUCGAGCUAUGGCUUCCGCGGCGGGCGCGGAGACGACGGUGCUGGGGCUGGGGCUUCGCAGCGGGAGCGCGGUGGAUCUCGACGUGCACCCGUCCGGCCUCGUCCCCACCAUCCAGAACAUUGUCGCCACAGUCAAUUUGGACUGCCAGUUGGAUCUGCAACACAUAGCCAACGGCGCUCGUAACGCAGAGUACAACCCAAAGCGUUUUGCUGCGGUUAUCAUGAGGAUAAGGGAUCCGAAGACAACGGCACUGGUUUUUGCUUCAGGGAAGAUGGUUUGCACAGGAGCAAAGAGCGAAGAGCAUUCAAGGCUUGCUGCGAGGAAGUACGCGCGAAUUGUCCAAAAGCUCGGCUUCCCAGCUCGUUUCAAGGAUUUCAAGAUCCAGAAUAUGGUUGGGUCAUGUGACGUUAAAUUUCCCAUUCGUCUGGAGGGCCUUGCUAUGGUCAGUGGAACGUUUGCCAAUUAUGAGCCGGAGAUCUUCCCUGGGCUGAUCUACAGCAUGGCAGACCCCAAGGUCGUGAUCCUCGCCUUCGUCUCUGGCAAGGUCGUCCUCACCGGAGCCAAGGUGCGGGAGGAGAUAUACAGAGCCUUUGAGAACAUAUACCCGAUGCUCGUGCAGUUCAGGAAACGGCAGCAGCACAGAUAGGAUGCGGUCCAUCUGGCGAAUGGCGCGAACACCUCCAUUCGUUACGCUCAGCCACUGUAUAAGUGUACAUAGCAUGACCUGUGGAUGGGUGCCAGAACUCUUGGACACGUUACGCUCCUUUUUUUUUUGGUCUUGUUUGAGGACGAGGAUAGGACGGCAUUUUGGUACGAGAAAGAGCAUGUAAACAAUCUGAGCGUCACGGCUCUCUGAAAGACAUCGUGUAAACUCUGUGAUACAUCUAGUAUCAUUGGAUAACGCCAUGAUGAUUGCUUACGAA